CAACAUCCGAAAGCAUCACUAAAACAAACGCGCACCAACGAGUGACAAGACAGAACCAUCUGUGUGAGAUACAAGUUCCAAAAACCAACAGUUAAAGUCGAGCUAAUUGCCGGUAUUUUCUUGCAUAACAAAAGAACAAAUAAAUAAAGACAAUCGACAUGCAAUCCGUGGCCAAACAAUCUAUGCGCGCCCUGCCGCAGGUGGGCAAACAAGUGUGCUACCUGUCGACGAGCAGCGCCUGGCGUGCAACAGUUGGUGGCGGCAACGACAUGGUCGUUGAGAUCACAGAGCCCAAGACACGGACCGAGAAGCUGGUGGCCUUCCAGAAGAAGCUGCGUGCCAAGACGCCGCUGGGCAAAUUGGACGAGUUCUCGCGCCAUCCCUACCAGGAGAAGGAGCCCCUGAAGCCGUGGCCCAAUCAGACGAAUCCCUACACAGGCGAAAUCGGUGGGCCCGCCGGUCCGGAGCCCACACGCUAUGGCGACUGGGAGCGCAAGGGUCGCGUCUCCGAUUUCUAGUCUAGUCUCCCCACCCAAAAAGUUCCUUUAGCUAGCGUCUAGGCUGUUAUUUAAAAAUUACAAUUAAGAA